AGUGGAGCAUGACUUAUGACAUACGUCAGGAGUUAUUUAUCGUUUUAGUGUAAGUCGUUCGCAAAAAUUAUGCCAAUCACAAUGCGCAAUCAGAAAAAGAAACCUCCGCCAAGGCCGCCACCUCCGAAUUUUUCAAAGUAUAAGAGUAAGUCGACCUACAACUUGAAUCAGCCAAAUCAAAACUCAAAUUUGAUCGAAUGGAGUCCGCCAAACUCGCCAACAACAGAUCGAAAUCGUCAUUUUGGGGGGAGUGUCUCCAGUUCGUUUAGCAGCAGUACAAGUAGCUUAGCGUCCAGUAAGAAAAGUUUUGAAUUGGAAUCGCCUGUUAGUAGUAACCUUUGGCCCCUUUCCAAUCAACAUAAUUGCGUGCCAAAUAACAGUGUAGCUAUUAAUACGAACGGAACUUUCCAAAGUUAUUUGGUACCACCACCUUCAAUCUCAGCCAAAUCGAAUCUUACUAGUUCAAAUGGCUUAAACAUACCUUCAGUAUUCGGACCAACCAUAAUUCGUCCUCAAACUGCGAAAAAAAGUACAAAGGUUGAAAAUGCCAAGUUGCCUUCCCCAACAUUACCAAUGCCAAAAAUCCCACCCCCCAGUCCACCUAAAGUGGAUGUUGAAGUUGAGACUUCCUAUGGUGUUGCAUUGUAUGAUUACCCAGGCAGUGAUCCUAGCGAUCUCACAUUUCAGGAGGGGGAUAUAAUCAUUAUUAUCAAAAGAAUAAACAACGAAUGGCUAUAUGGAAAAAAUUUUGACAAAGAAGGAAUGUUCCCCGAAAAUUUCAUUGAAGUUCAGGUGCCGCUAAAAUCAGAAGAAAAUAUAGUAACCGCAGUGUAUGACUUCAAGCCGGAAAUGGAAGGGGAUCUGGGAUUUCAAGCUGGAGAAAAAAUUAAAAUUAUCAGGAAAAUAUCGGAGGAAUGGUUAUAUGGCAGAUCAGAAAAUGGAGAAGGCCAGUUUCCAAGAAACUUUGUAAACAGAAUUCCAAAAAAUCUGUAAAACAAUGCCGCGUCUUGAUUAUUAUUGUGAUUUUACAUGUAAACGUCCACAUUAAAAAUGUGAUACUGAUGUGCCUAUCUAUUGGCUAUUAUUUUUAUAUAUGUUCAUUAAAUUGAUAUAAGGUAUAUUUAAAAAAAAUAAA